AUGACAGAUCUCGCUCUCAAAAUCACGGAGACCGUUGCUAGAUUACAAAGAGAACUGAAAUGCGGAAUUUGGUAACGAAAAUCCGAUCAUUAGCGGUAAUAUUGGAUAUUUACAAAAAAGUUUCAGUUAUUCGACGUUCAAGGAUCCGAUUUUGUCUACGUGUUAUCACAUGUUCUGUCGGACAUGCAUAAAUGCGUGCUUCGAAAGAAAAAGGAAAGUACAGUGUCCGAUUUGCCGUACGACACUCGACAAAAGGUGCGAAAACCAGAGCAAGAGCCUCAAGAAAUAACGUUAUAUCUUCAGAAGUUGUCGUGAUUCUUACCAAGUAACGAUGGCUGUGCAGAACUAUCUGAAGCUGUCGGAAGUGUUCAAAAAGGAAGUCGCGAGCGACUCCUUGUUCACUUCGUUGCCUCCCGAAAAGAUGUUCGUCGAGAGCCAGAUCCCUCUCGACGUCACGAUCAUUCCGGAAAACGACGGAAAGAGAUGCGCUCCCGACUUUGCCAUACCUAUGCUUCCUGUUCGACGGAGACGACCGAGCCGACCGAGCAUUCCGUCUGUUCCGUCUCCCGGCCCUUCUACGUCUUCAGCUGGCGCUCCAGAUCCAGCUCCCGAGCCUGAGCCGUUUGUUAAGCCGCAGCCACCAGUACGAGAGCCGGUAUUCGAGGUGCCAAAACGGCCUCCUCCGCCGAAAAUGAUCAUGAAAGACGCGGCGUCAACAACGGAUCCGUGCGAGCCGACACGCGGCGAACUGGCUCUUUUCAACAUAUCGACGUACAUAAAUAUGACUCGGGGUGAGUGAAAAACACAGAAAAGACCAUAAAAACACAUCAAAUUACCAUCAUUUUACAGAUUCUCUACCCGGAAUAGAAAUUGACGAAAUAGACGCACUUUUCAAGUUGAUUCCAUCCAUUCGUCCGUUCAUUGAAAAGGUGUCAGAAAAAAUGUAAUGGGAGCCAAUUAUAAAAUAAUUAUUUGCAGAAUAUGGAAUUAUUGAUGCACAAAAUGGGAAUAGAAGUAGCAAAAGACAAGGAGAACUUGGGCGAACAAGCAAGUCCAGCCAAAAAAAGAGUCUCUUUCGGUCGUGGUCCCCUUCUGCUAAGCCCGGAGAAAAAUGUGGAAGCGGGGAAAGAAGAAGUAGAAGUGAAAGAACCAGAAGAAGAAGAGGAUGAAAUCGUGGAAGAUUCGGAAGGAGAGCAGAAACCUCCAGAAGCGAUGGAACAGGCGGAAGAACCUCGAACAUCCCUGUCAACGGCCGAGGCAGACCAAACCGCCCCAGCGUUGCAAACCGAGCAAAGUCGGAUCGACGAAGAGCUCUCCCACGUGCCGAAAACGAUCACAUGCUCCAGAAUCCACAACGACGUGGACGAAGUAGUGGGCGCUUUCCAUUGCUUCAGAAGCAUUCGAAUACUUGUUUUCUUGCAGGAACUCCUCAGUGACUUCUAUCACAAGUUCCUGUCAAAUGCCUGCCGUUUCUCUGACGACGUGAAUGCACACACCACUCAUUUAAUCAUGAUGAAUAGUGGUCAGUCCUCCGUUUCCCCUUCUUCAUCCCAUUUUCCCGUUCAGAAGGCCGCUCGAUCCCCCAAAAGUCGACUGCAUAUCUCCAUGCGAUCGCCCGCAAAUGCAUCAUUGUCGGGCGUCAAUGGCUCGUCGAUUGUCUCAAAACGGGGCUCAUUCUUUCCGAGGUAUUUUCUAUCUACUAAAGAGCACACACGAUGUUCCGAGCGGUGGUCUGAUGUUGAUUUGCUCUGCUGAUAACUGCUGCACAAACUUCGUCGAUAAAAUUCACGUGAAGCGUUAGGGGAAGCUCCAGAAAAGCGGCAGAGCGCACUCAAAAACCUUUCCGCUUCGUCGGUUAUCUCCAUGUGAGAACGGAACAAAAACAGACUGUUCUCUGAUUGCAAGCAGAGAACGAUCAGAAAUGAGGUGAUGGAGGGCGAGAAGAAGUGAGAAGGGAAUUAAAAUUAACGGGAACUGCCAAGUCUGCAGGAAUUUAAAUUGUUUUCCAGGAGAACUACACAAUCACAUCUUGCACUUCCGUGAUUCCUUCUUCCGAUCCCUCUGCUGAAAUCGGAUGGCUCCGAUCGAGAAACGAUGCAGAAGGGAAACUGUUCUCCGGCUGCCGCUUCAUGAUUCUUCGCAAGUUCACAAUCAAUCCAUACUUUGAAUACAAGGUGAACAUUUUCUUUUUCUCUUUCCAAUUAAGUUUUUCCAGCAACUGAUCGAACUGGUACAGCUGUGCGGCGGCGAAAUACUCGGAUCGUACAACAAUCUGUCGCCAGAGAAACUGUUCAUCGUCUUCGCAAAAGAUUCGAAAUCGAUCGACGAGUCGGUGAACAUGGAGCGAGUGUACAAGUGCGAAGUGGUCACGAUGGAAUGGGUCCUCGACUGUAUCAGCGAGUACUCGAUCCUUCCGACCGACAAGUACAAGGCCGUCGAAUGGACGAAAAAGUUCGAUGAAGAUUGA